AUGGGCAUCAGGAAGCACUCUGGCGUUUUUCUUGGGGGCGGGCAGGGAGAAAGGAAACCCAGGCGAACCCACCACCCGUCGCGCCUCGCUGGCAGCUCCGGCGCGUUCCACGUUGCCAGGGAGCCGCGGCCGGAGCCUGCGGAGCCGCUGCGUGCCAGCCAGCGGGGCUGCCCCGGGAUGGGCCCCCCGGAGCCGCCGGAGCGGCUGGAGGUGGUGGGGCUGCUGCGGGAACCGGCCUUCCACGUGGCCAAGGGCAUCGCGGAGGCCCUGAAGCUGAAGUUCCCGAAGGAGUUUGCCGACCCCAUAAUACGCCCCAUGUUUGAAUUCGCCUGGCACGAGUAUUUACAGGAGAAGAAGAAGGAGCUGCGCGGCGAGGCGUGGGCGUACGCGGCGCCCGUGCUGUGCUUCGCGGGCGGGCGCCUGCUGGGCGACGAGCGGCAGCUGCAGCGCUGGGCCCGCCGCGCCUGGCGCCACCGCGACGUCGCCUCGGCCGCCCUGCGCCGCGCCCUCGCCGAGGACUUCUGCACCAAGCACAUGCGGCACAGCCAGCACGUGUUUGUGUACUUGGAUAUAACCAUUCAGGAACAGCCCAUCGGGACGCUUUUAUUCGAGCUCUUUUCUGAUUUGUGCCCCAAAACGUGUGAGAAUUUCCGUGUUUUGUGCACGGGGGGCAUCACGUCGCCUUCCAGUGGUCUCCAUCUCACCUACAAAAACUCAGUUUUCCAUCGAGUGGUGAAAAAUGGAUGGAUCCAAGGAGGAGACAUAGUAGCUGGAAGAGGAGACGGAGGGGAAUCCAUCUACGGUCCCACCUUUGAAGAUGAAAACUUCGCCAUCCGUCACAGCAAGAGAGGGAUCCUGGGCAUGGCCAACAAGGGCCGCCACAGCAACGGCUCGCAGUUCUACAUCACCCUCCAGGCAGCUCCCUACCUGGACAGAAAGCACGUGGCUUUCGGGCAACUGAUCGAGGGCACGGAGACUCUGCAGAAACUGGAGGCUGUGUCCACGUAUAAUGAGAGGCCUGUUGAAGAAUGUAAGAUCGUUAACUGUGGGGUCUUUGAGCCGUGAUUACAAGCCUGUUCGCCUGCAUGCGGA